UGGAUAUUGAAUAUAUAUCCCUAAAAGCGGCACGUUUUCAAUUUUCUAUAAUGAGUUCAUGUGCACAAACAACUAAGGAGGUUUUGAGAAGCUUCAGCAGGAAAAAGACUAUUGAAAGCAGUGGAUCGCCAAAGCAAGAGUUACGAAGAUGUCUUACUGUUUUUGAUCUUACUGCUUUAGGUGUUGGCACGACUUUGGGUGCCGGAGUGUAUAUUCUUGUUGGCGACGUUGCUAAGUAUACAGCUGGUCCUGCAGUUAUACUAUCGUUUUUAAUUGCAGCAGUAGCUUCUGUUCUGUCAGGACUAUGCUAUGCCGAGUUUGGAGCCCGUGUGCCACAAAGUGGAUCAGCUUAUGUAUACAGCUAUAUAGCUGUUGGAGAACUGAUGGCAUUUACAAUUGGUUGGAAUUUAAUACUAGAAUAUGUGAUCGGCAUUGCAAGUGUUGGACGAGCUUGGAGUUCCAAUCUCGAUGGUUUUUUCAACGGCCAGUUAGAAGAAUCUUUUAAAAAACAUUUAGCAAUGAAGUUUGCGUGUUUCGCUGAGUAUACAGAUCCUAUUGCUGUUGGGAUAAUUAUUUUAAUGACAAUCCUUCUUAGCAUUGGUGUACGUGAAUCUACAAUGAUUAACAAUGUGUUUACAGCAAUCAAUUUGUGUGUCAUCCUAUUUGUAGUUGUAACUGGCUUGGUUUAUGCAAAUAUUAAUAACUGGAAAGUUAAUCCAGAUAAUGUUUUUACUAAUAGUACUGUAAACGUUACAAAUGUAGGAAGUGGUGGAUUUUUUCCUUUUGGUUUUAAUGGUGUACUUUCUGGGGCUGGAACGUGUUUUUUUGCAUUUGUCGGAUUCGAUAUUAUUGCAACCACAGGCGAGGAAGUGCGCAAUCCACAAACAGCGAUUCCUAUCAGUAUUAUUGGGUGCCUGUUAAUAUGCUUUGUGGCAUAUGGUCUUAUAUCUGCUACACUUACAUUAAUGGUACCAUAUUAUGCUAUCUCUUCUGUUGCUGCCUUACCACUUGCAGUUAGUCGCCAUGGUUUGCAAUGGGCAAAAUACAUUAUUUCCACUGGAGCUUUAUGUGCUCUAACUACUAGCCUUUUAGGUUCAAUGUUCCCAUUGCCACGUAUUCUCUAUGCUAUGGCAACUGAUGGGUUAUUGUUUAGUUUUUUAAGUCGAAUAAAUUCAAAAGUUAAAACUCCACUUUUCGGUACAAUUGUAGCAGGUGUUAUUGGAUGUGUAAUGGCUGCAUUAUUCAGCUUAAAAGAUCUAGUUGAUAUGAUGUCAAUCGGUACACUUCUUGCUUAUACUCUGGUAUCUGUCUCUGUGCUUCUUUUGAGGGGACAACGAAUGUCAGUUGGAUUUUGUUUUGACCACAGUGAAGAUGAUACGAAAGUACUGACACAUGAAGAAAGUCGGCCAGUUGAUAUUUCAUUAUCUAAUAUGAAAUUAGAUACAAUGAAAUCUCCGAAUAAAAUAUCAGGCUGUAGUAAAAAAGAACUAUCGAAUGAUUUUAAUAAAUACUGUAACCAAACUAAACCGUAUGUAUCACCUAGCAGCAAAGAAAAUCCAAGUUUAUCAAAUACUUUGGGGCAAACAGGUACUUCAUCAGCUACUAAUAAUAUUAGUCUCAACAUGUCAAAUUAUUUUCGACAUUGUUUCAAACCUGAACCCAAUCUAAACAAACCGUCCAAAACCACCGAAUCAAUCUACAAAAUCAACACUUACUUAUUACUUUGUGUCAUUUCUCUCUGUAAUCUGGGAAUAUUAGUGUUCGAUAAGCUACCUAAAGGGGCAACAGGAAACUUACUAGUCACAAUCCCAUUAUGGAUGUUCGUUGCAAUAACGAUAGUGAUGAGUGUUAUCAUUUGUUUAUCACUAGCUAGACAACCAGAAAAUCAAGCGAUUGUUGCAUUCAAGGUACCUGGGGUUCCAUGGCUUCCAGCUGUUAGUAUAUUUAUCAACAUAUAUCUAAUGAUGAAAUUAUCCAGUGCUACAUGGGUUAGAUUUGUAAUAUGGAUGAUUAUCGGUUUCACAAUCUAUUUUAGUUAUGGAUAUUGGCAUAGUAAGGAGAGAAAAAGAACUACGUAAUAUUUUAUUUAUAAAACAACUCAAAAGAAAACGAUCUUUUUAAAACAUGGCGAAAUUCGAUCAAUGCGCAAAAAUAAAAUAAAGAUUAUUUUACGCAUUAUUUGAUUACUUUGCUUAUUGCUACUACUUUUCUAAUACCUGUGAAUGGUGUUUUUGUUUUGAUAAUUGAAUUAUUUUCAUUAAUUUUACACCUCUUUUUUUUAAAAAAAAACAACUCAUCAAAACACUCUAUGAAAGAGUUGUUUUCAUUUAAAAUUCAGGAAACCGAUUUGUGUAAAGAUCAAUCUGUAAAUUACUUCCUUAUGAAAACAAAUAGCUUCUGUCAAUUAUAUAAUUUCUUCUUUCAUAAUUACUAUACUAAUUCAUGAUAAAGAAAGCGAUAUAAGUCAAUGGAUAAUUUAACUAAUGAUUAGUUAAACAGCCAUUUCGAUAGUCCUUAUUUCAUCAUAUCAAGUAAUAUCAAAUAAAUCUGUAAUGAAAUAUAUAAAUUUCUGUAAUCGC